AGAAUGAAGCAGACGAGACGGGGGCUUAAAUAACAUGAACGGAGAGAGACGGAGACUCAGAAGAAACAAUGGAAAAACAAACUGAGAGACAGACCCAAAGAAAUCAAAAGGCAAAUUGAAACAAAAGAAAUACAUUCAGGAAGAGAGUGAGCACUUACAGGACUCAUCUUACCCAGAGGGGAGACUAACCGUGAUGGACUAUGAACCUAAGAAAUCCAAGAAGAGCUUUGUCUCUCCUAUUAAGCGGCUUGUCUGGUCAAAAUCUGGUCGCAGGCAGCUGGAUCGAGGCAGCAUUUACCGGCGCCCGCUGCACACCGUCCCUCUUUACCCCCCCGAUUACCUCAUCCACCCUGAGAGGCUGAUCUUCGACUACAUCGAGAAGGAGGUCAAGUUCCUCGGUCACCUGACCUGGGUGUCGGUUUCACUGAACCCCUCGAGUCGAGACGAGCUGCUGCAACUCCUCGACACAGCCAGG